AUGGAAAACACUGAAGUCAGUAUAUUAGUUGACGAUACGGGCCGACCUAUCGAAAAUGGUGAAGACAAUCAUUUUGAUACGUAUCCAUUGCAAAUGAUUUCACCAAAUAACAAAACUUCAGAACGAAGUGUUCAUCCAACUACGACAUUAGAUUUAGAAAAACGUGUGAAAAAUGCCAUUCAUACUUUGAAACUCCAUCUUGCAGAUGCAGCUAGUGAUACUCCAGCUUACUUUGGCUUUUUAAAAUUUGUUUACGCUAAUGAUGCUGACAAAAACAAUCGUCUGUCAUCGUUCGUCCACUUGGCAACGAAAUCGAGACCAUGGAUGGUCGCCAAUCUCAUAGAAGCAUACCAUCUACCGACUCCGGAUUUUAUUCUAUCGAUACAAACGGGAGGUAUGCAACAAUAUGGACCAUACAAAGAUAGAUCAGGUAUUCAAAUCGAAACUGAACAUGCAAUUCAACAUGGUCUAACUGCUCUUGCGACAGUCACGCGUCCGUGGGUCACAACGAGUUGUAACAAACAGGAUAUGAUUCGUUUGGUUGGAAAUGCGUUGCAUAGAGAUAUGUGUGGCACGGAUAUUCCUUGUAUUAGCUUUUGCAAUUGGAAAUCUGUAGCAGAUCAUUAUCAAUUGGAAAGGCAACGGACUGUAAUUUCAAAACUUUUCGAGACAAGAUUUAUGAUGAAUGACGAUGAUAAUGAGCCACGUUCGGUUCAUGAAUAUCAAUUAACAACAAAUAACGAUUAUGAAACGAGCAUUUCCGGUUGGCAUCUCGAUCCUAAUCAUACUCAUUUUCUUCUAUUCGACGAUGGGUCAAAUGACGUGAAAAAUAUGCUAUUAAAACGCCAAGAAGUCGAACAUGAAUUGAGUAUUAGUCGACCAUUAAAAUCACCUGUGAAUGGUUAUAAAUCAGCAAGUGACACAUAUGACAGUGAAAUUCCUAUUGUUAUGUUAUUAUUGGGCGGUAAUUUUACCACAUUAAUAUCCAUAUGCCAAGGUUUAGAAAAUGGAACACCUGUUGUUGUUGUUCGAGAUACUGGUGGUUUGGCUAAUAUCAUUGCUCAACUAUGUCGAAAACUGUCACCAAUGGAUGAACUCGGCGAAUUUCGAAAAAUUACAUACAUCGGAGAAUGUAAAAACGAAUUAAAGAGGUUAUGUUACGAAGAAGGAAUCUUAGCAACGAACGAUGAUGAAAUCAAAAUUAACGAUCAACUUGCUGAAAUUGAAAAAUAUGUUGAUGUUUUAACAGAAAUGGAAACACUCAUUGUCAUAUUCGAUGCUAUCGAACGAAAAAAUAAUUUAGAAGAUGCUAUUGCGAAUGCUAUGUUAAAUGGUAUUAAGUAUCGAGUGGAAAAUUACGAACAACAUUUCACUGCAGAAAUCAGGACAGCGGAAGCAUCAUGGUGUCUGAUAUGGAAUCGAGAUGAUCACGCGCGUCAAUUAUUAAUCGAUCGUAACGAUAAAACGAUCAUCUCAAUGAAUGAUACGAAUCUAAACAAAGAUCAGAAACUUACCUUGACUCAACAGUUAUUAUACGAGGCACUGUAUCGAAAUAAUGUACUUUUUGUUCGUUUGCUGGAUGAAUGUGGUGCAUCGAUCGAAGAACUGGCAGAAGAACAGUUAGUUGUUAUUUGUAUUAAAACGAUGAAUGAUCAUGCUCUCCCGCUAGAUCAUUUGUCUCAUAAAACACACCCGUCGAAGCACGAGACGACUAUCCACGCAUUGAAAAUAUAUGUCGAACGAAUUUAUAACAGUUAUCUUCGAGAAUAUUUAGGUCAUUAUAUUUCGCAAGAGAGAAGUCGAAAAUGGAUACGACGACGAAAUGAACGUUUCAGCGGAUUUAAUAUUGGCAGAAUUCUAAAUUCCAAUACCAUGAAACUGGCGGAAAUAUUUGGAGGACGAAAAACGGAAGCACUCUAUCUCUGGUUUGUUUUUAUGAAUCUACCAGAUAUGGCUAAGUAUCUCUGUUCUCGAUCUCGAAAUCAGACAGUGGGCACUCUUCUUGCCAGUGACAUUUAUUUGACAGCGGCGAAGAAAAAUGCGAAAAACAAAAGGUACUUGACAACGAUGGCACAAGAAUUUGAUCGGCAUUCAAGAGGAAUUAUUGAUACGUGCUUUGCCAAAGAUGAUGAUUUCGCAUUCAAGGUAUUGAAAUCGAAAGCGACGACGUUCUACACCUGCUUUCCAUUACAUAUCGCACGACGAGCAGAUUGUCGAAGUUUUCUUGCUAGUAAUACAGUACAGAAGCAUCUUCAAAAUAAAUGGUUUCAUAAUUUCAAUUACCAACGACGAUUGAUGAAAAUCCCAGUUGCAAUAUGGAUAUGUCUCGCAUCAUUGCUGUUACCGAUGUUACCUUUUGCAUCAGUAUUUGUAUCAGCGCUUUACAAAAAGACAUCCACGGAAGAGAAUUCAGCAUCGGAACAUAAAAUUUCGAAUCGAUAUCGUUCUGUGGUAACUUAUCAUUUACCCCCGGAAAAGAACACACGACGAGAUUCAGGUACACCAAAUCUACGUGAACGUAUCAAGUGGUUUUACGAAGCACCGGUCGUGCAUUUCUAUUACUAUUUUAUCUUCUUUGUCUCCUUCUUGGGUUUAUUCAGUUACGUUCUUCUUUUCGAUUAUUUUCCGUUGAAUAUCUAUGGCGAAAAACGAUCUGGAAUUCAAAAUCUACCGAUACCAAUUACUGAAAUUUUGCUUCAUAUCUGCGUUGCUAGUUUGAUCAUCGAUGAAAUAUAUCAAUACACUUUGCAAACAAUCAAAGAGUAUCAUUACAGUACUAAUCCUUGGAAUUGGAUGGAUCUGACUGGCAUUUUAUUUUAUCUAAUUGCGUUCGUUCUUCGUUGGUUUGUCAAUGAGCACAUAUUUAUCUGUUCAAAAAUAUUUAUGUCUAUUGACUUGAUCAUCUGGUAUAUUCGAAUACUUUAUCUGUUUGCUGCGUAUGAAAUCUUGGGACCGAAAUUAACGAUGAUCUACGAAAUGAUGAAGGAUGCUCUCUUGAUCUUUCUAUGCUUCAUUCUUAUUCUUUUGUUUGGCUUUUCGAUUGCUUCAUGGUCGCUUCUUACUACAACUCAACAAGUCGUUUGGAUAAAUAUGACUAAUGGUACAUCGAUGAACAAGUUCGUCAUAGCAGAAGGAAGUGGUGAACUACGAAGUUGGCAAUUAUUGAGAGAUGUGCUCAAUUGGGGUAUUUGGAAAGUAUUCGGACAAGUCGCUGAACCUUACAAUGGUGCUGUUAGUGAAAAUGAUGCUUAUGGCACGUUUGUUUUCAUAUUUGCAAUUGGUUUUACUGUGAUAUCAAAUGUUCUUCUUCUGAAUGUUCUCAUUGCAAUGUUCAAUGAGAAGAUAUUACGUGUUCAGGAGAAAUCUAAUGAACUAUGGCGAUAUCAACGAUUCUGGCUGAUUAAUGAAUAUAAAGACAAAACAGUAUUACCUCCUCCGUUGAACAUUUUAUGCUACAUAAUCCAGUUUUUCACCUAUCUCGUUUGCUGUAAAUGUCGAUCUAAAUCUGUGGCUUUACUCGAUCCAGAUUCUGAUUCGUCAUCGGAUGAGAACUCGUCUUCUAUCAAUACAGCUGAACAAUCAUUGGUCGAUACUCGUCAAAUUAAUCGUGAAAAAAAUCUCGCAGAAGUAUAUUGGCGACAGAUAUUCGAAGAAGAAGAGAAGGAGAGAAAAACUUUGAACAAACAACAAGAUGACACUGCUGAAACCAAUCAGAAUUACGAUUCUCAGAAACCACUAAAUUCAACAUUACAAACACUAGAACAACUUGAUUUUAGCAACAAACAAAUUGGAUAUAAGGGCGCAGAACAACUCGCCGAUGCUAUUCGAAAGAGCACUCCACUCACUCAACUUGAUUUAUCGAAAAAUCGAAUUGGCGAUCAAGGAGCUCAGUAUCUGGCUGAUGCUUUAACGCAUAAUAAAACAAUCACUAUGCUCAAUCUUGCCGACAAUGGUAUCGGAGCACAUGGCGCUUCUUAUCUUGCCAACGCUUUCCGAAACAAUAAGACACUGAUCGAUAUCGAUCUUUCAAAUAAUCGAAUCAACGAUGAAGGAACCGAAUAUCUAGCGGAUGCUUUUCGAUACAAUACGACACUCAAUGUAUUAAAACUGUCAGCUAAUCAAAUAACAGAUUAUGGUGCUGAAUGUCUGGCGAAAACGCUGAAAAAUAAUACUACCAUCGAGUUUCUCGAUCUUCGGUGGAAUAAGAUUUCGACUAAAGGAAUACAACAAUUGGCCGAAGCUCUACCACACAAUACUACGCUGACUCAUCUCAAUCUCUCGUGGAAUGACAUUGAUGAUAAGGGCGCUCAAUCAUUGGCUGAUGCCCUACAGAAUAAUAAAACAUUGGUGGCACUCGAUCUCGCAUCGAACAGAAUUGGUGGACAAGGAGCUCAACAGUUAAUAGGUUCUCGACGGAAUCACGAAAUUUCGACACGAUUCGAUCUUUCAAAUAAUCAAAUAAAGUAUGAUGGAAUUAAACUUUUGACGGAUGCUUUAAAAAACAACACAUCAGUUGUUACACUCGAUCUCAGCAGCAAUCGAAUUGGAGACGAUGGAGUUCAACAUUUAAUCGUUGCAUUAAGAAGCAAUAGCGCGUUGACGACAUUGAAUCUGGCGAGUAAUCAAAUUCGUCCGUCCGGAAUCGAAUACUUGGCUCGAACGACAGAUGCUACUACUCCAUUAUCAACACUCGAUCUUAGUUAUAAUGAAAUUGGAAUCCUUGGCUCUAAAGAUCUGGCAACUAUUAUUUUAACGAAUACUACAAUUACCACUUUACUACUCUCAAGCAAUCAGAUUGGCACGAUCGGUAUUCAAAAUCUCUCAUAUGCUUUGCAGAAUAACACAACAAUCGUUACUAUUGAUCUGUCAAAGAAUCAAAUUGCAGAUGCCGGUAUGAAACAUUUGGUGAAUGCGUUAAAACACAAUACGACAAUCAGUACAAUUGAUCUAUCGCAAAACCAAAUAACAGAUAAAGGUGUAGAGCAUUUGGCAAAUGUUUUGAAGUUUAAUACGACGCUGACCAUCAUUCGUCUUGUAAGCAACAAAAUUACAGAUAAAGGAGCUCAUUCUCUAGCUAGUUCCAUUCAACAAUAUAAAAUCAUGAUAAAAGAGCUGGAUCUAUCCUACAAUGCAAUCGAAGACCAAGGAGUUCGAUCGCUGGCUAAUUAUCUGCAAUAUCAAACUUCAUUGGUCAAAUUAGAACUUACAGGUAAUCCCAUUACACGUAACGCGGCUCGAUAUCUGUCCGAAGCUUUUCGACAUAACGAGAAAUUGAUAAUUCUGAAUGAUGCAUUGAGCCAAAUUGAUGAAGAAGAAAUUCUAACAAUCAAAAACGCGAAUGACACCAAUCCGACACUAACGAGUCUUGAUCUCGAAAACAGCGGUAUCGGACGUACAGGUGCACAAGCUCUCACAGUUUUAUUACGACUGAAUACCACUCUGACUACACUCAAUCUGCGAUACAAUAAGAUAACUGGAAAGGCAAUUCAAUACCUCUCAGAAGCUAUACGAACUAGUACGACAUUGACUACACUCGAACUCGCAGGAAAUGAAAUAGGCGUCGAAGGAAUGGAACGUUUAGCUGAUGUCAUCAAACUUAAUCAAACUCUAACUAUACUUGAUCUCGCAGCGAAUGAACUCGGUGUUGAAGGAGCUCGGUACUUUGCUGAUGCCAUUCGAAACAACACGACAAUCACUUCUUUGGAUCUUAGAGCAAAUAAAAUCGGUAGUGAAGGCGCAAAAUAUUUAGCUGAUGCUUUUCGUAACAAUCAGACUCUUACUACACUCGAUCUCGGAUCGAAUGGAAUCCGCGCCGAAGGAGUGCACUGUCUGGCCGAUGCUUUCCGUGAUAACGAGACGCUUCGCACACUCAACUUGGGAACGAAUGGAAUUGGGAUUGAUGGAGCUAAAUACGUUGCGAAUGUUUUCCGACACAGUACGACGUUGGCUGCGCUCGAUCUUCGUGGAAAUGAACUUGGUGCAGAUGGUAUACGACAUCUUGCUGAUCUAUUCCGAGAAAGCAAAACACUUAAUUUGCUGGACCUUCGAUCGAACGGAAUUGGAGAUCGAGGAGCACAAUAUUUAGCGAAUGCUUGUCGAAAUAAUAAUACUCUUACUACACUUUAUCUUGGAUCAAAUGGCAUCCGUACAAAGGGAAUACACGAUUUACUCGAAGUUUUUCAAGACAAUCAAACGCUCACAAAUUUAGACCUAUCAGAGAAUAAAAUUACUUUUGAAGGAGUAACAUAUCUUGCUGAUGGUCUUCGAAACAAUAAGACAUUGAAAACUAUGAAUCUUGCAAAUAAUAAAGUUGAUGUUGAAGGAGUACAAUAUUUAGCCAAUGCUCUACGCGAAAAUACGACUCUCACAGAGUUGGAUCUAUCGGGAAAUAAAAUGGGUGUUACAGGGGUCCAGAGUCUUGCUGAUGCUAUUCAUAAUAACGAAACACUCACUGUUCUUCAUCUGGCGGAUAAUAGUAUUCGUGAUCAAGGAGCUCGAUAUUUGGGUGAUGCUCUUCGGAACAAUACCACAUUGACUACACUCGAUCUCUCGGAUAAUGAAAUUGGCACUGAAGGAGCACGAUACUUAGCUGAUGUUUUCGAAGACAAUCAAACAUUGACCAAAGUCUGUCUACAAAAAAGUGAUAGAAACAGCAAAGACUCACAACGUGUGUCGGAUGCUUUAAGAGCACAUGUGAUACAAACAGUUCCAACGCAGAAUAUACCAACGACAGAGUUUCUAACAGACGUAUCACAAGCUAUAGCUGACACAUUACGAGAUAAUCAACAUGUGACUAGACUUUGUUUACGCGAUUUGAAACUCGGUCCUGAAGAAAUUCAACAUCUCACUACUGCUCUUCAGCAAAACCAAACACUCACCAUAUUGGAUUUGACUUCUAAUGCAACCGGAUCCCAAGGAGCAAAAUAUUUAGCGAAUGCCUUACAAAAUAAUAAGUCACUCGUCUCAUUGUCACUCGGAUCGAACGAGAUCACUGAUGACGGCAUACGUCAUCUGGCUAAUGUCUUCCGAAAUAAUACGACCUUGACUACAUUGGAACUUUCAGCAAACUUAAUCAGCACUGAAGGAGCACACUAUCUAGCCGAUGCUCUACGAGAAAAUACGACGCUGACAACACUCGAUCUUCGGUCAAAUGCUAUUGGGACUGAAGGAAUACGAUACUUUGCUGAUGCACUUCGAAACAAUCAAACAUUGCUGUCACUUGACGUUAGUUCGAAUAGGAUCAGCAAUGACGGAGCACACUAUUUAGUUGAUAUUUUCCGUCAUGGUACAAAGCUUCAUACAUUACGUCUCGGAUCGAAUGGAAUCGAUGCAAAAGGAAUGGAAGAGUUCGCUAAUGCCAUUCGAGAAAACCAAACAUUCGUCGUCCUUGAUCUUCAAUUCAAUGAAAUCGGCGAUAAAGGAAUCCAAUAUCUGACUGAUGCUCUUCGAAAUCAUCAAACAUUGACUACAGUGGAUCUUUCAGAUAAUAGUAUCAGUGCCGAAGGAAUGCAAUAUUUGGCGAACGCUCUUCGUGAUAAUACUACACUCACAACGUUAGGAUUCUCCUUCAACUCUAUUGGUCCUGAAGGAGCUCAGUACUUGAGCGAAAACAUUCGAGAAAAUAUGACACUCACUUCAUUGAAUCUCAAUUCGAAUGAGAUCGGCGUUGAAGGAGCACAAUAUCUAGCUGAUGCAUUCAGAAAUAACAAAAUACUAACAGUGGUCAAUCUUCGCUCGAAUGGAAUUGGAGACAGAGGAGCACAGCAUCUGGCUGAUGCAUUUCGGAACAAUAAAACAUUGAUCCAUCUGGACCUUUCCGACAAUAGUAUUGGAGACAAAGGCGUGCAACCAUUAGCUGCUGCUUUACGAGAUAAUAAAAAUCUCACCGUUUUUCAUCUGGAAGGGAAUCAAAUAGGAAAAAAAGCCAAACAUCGUGUGAUGCAAGCAUUCAAAGAACAUCUUGGAUUAAAAUUGUUCUUCUAG